CACAUAAAUUACCGAAAAUAAACAUCAGUUAUUAGAAAAAAAGUUCUACCACAGAAAUUGCUUUCGUUGGCUAUUUAUUCGUUUUUGGUUCUGGAUUCGGGGUUAUUAUAAUUUUUUGGUUGUGGCGUAGUUUUUCUUCAACAAAAAAAAGACAAUGGAAGAAGCUGAAUUGAUUUUUAAUUUCUUUUACAUAUUACUUUGCUUCUGCAUUGCCUAUCCACCGGAGGAGUUCAUUUCACUUGGUCUUACGGUCGAGAAUUGUUUUUCAAAAUUUCUUGGCUCCAAGGACGUCGAGUUCGUGCGUUAUCAUCAGAAAAGAACCUCAUUGAACUUAGUCAUUCAUAGUUGUUUACCAGCGUUUUAUUUUCUAAUUCAUCAUCUUAAAUUUGCAAUUGGUGAUGAUGACGAUGAGGAGGGAGGAAUUUUAGACUCAAACGAUAGAAUAAUCGUGGAUGGACCUUGGGCAUUGAAGUGCAUUACAUGGAAAGUAGCACAGCGUUUUAGUGUUAUUGCUGUUUUGUUUGUUCCCGGUUUGAUUGUUUAUUGGAUGCAAAAUAAUUGGGAGAAACAUCCAAUAAGUCGAACAUUGAAGAAAUUCUCAAAUACACCCAAUAGCUAUGCUACACUUGCUAGCGAUAUAAAUAACGAAUAUAGAAGACAAGAUGUUUUCAAAAUGAAAAUAAAUUCAAUUUCAUCGGUAGUUGCAACUGAAAACUGGAUUAUCAAAACUACCCCAUACAAUGUCUAUUUUGCACAUCAAAGUGAUACAACACUAAGUGUUGACAAAAGUGAAACCUACAACAUUGCCCAAGAUACCUCAGAUGCCUUGCAAAUAAUCAGUAUAAACGUACGGCCCGGUCGAGUGGGCGUCGAAGACUUUCAAAUACGUAUCAAUGCACUAGAAUUUCGAACCCUAGAAGAUCGCAUUAGCCGUCCAAUCAUAAUCCCCUCGAAUAUUCAAUUCCAUCGCAAUAUAAUCGAUCGUUUUAUUGAGGUAUUCAAAAAUCAGGUGUCAUUGAAUCCUGUCUAUGUAGCCGAUCAAGUGACUGAUAAGUGCUUUGCCUGCAUGAUCGCCGAACCGAAUAUAAAGAUCCACAAGCAGUGUUUGGAUGAGACACCUGAAGGACAAAUUAUUCCCGAACAGAAUCGUUGCACGAAUUGCUAUUGUCGGCCAAUGUGGUGUGUCGACUGUUUGGCGCGAUGGUUUGCUGCACGUCAAAAUGAAUUCGAUCGAGAUGUUUGGUUGGAAAAGAAAUGCACCUGCCCUAUGUGUAGAGCUCCAUUCUGCCUACUCGAUGUUAGUUACAUUGAAAGAAGACUCCCUUGAAAAAAUUAAAAAAUACAAAGACCCUUUACAAUUAUUGCAUUUUGCUUUUAUUAUAAACAUUUUAUAAAAUGAUAUUGAGUACGACUUAUAUAAGUGUGUGAUAUUAAAAAGAAUAUAUUAAUAAAAAAAAUAUUAACAAACGAACAAAACAAAAAUAA